AUGAGAAAAAGACCAAAACGAGAAUUCUUUUGCAAAUCGAUAUUUGAAAGUGUUAUUCGAUGGGUAAAACAUGAUUUGGAAUCCAGAAAACAAAUUUUAUCCCAAUUAAUGGAACAUGUGCGUUUACCAUUAACAUCGAAAGAUUAUAUAUUAAAAAAUGUUGUUAACGAACCUCUUCUUAUUAAUUGUUCUAAAUGUAAAGAUUACGUAAUUGAAGCAUUACAUUUUCAUUUACUUAAGUCAGAAAAACUUAUCACCAUUCCAUAUGACAUUCGGACAAAACCUAGACGGCCUAGUAGUACACCUAAAGUUAUUUUAGCUGUUGGUGGAGCAGGAAAAGAAAGAAUAUUAGUUAGUACAGAAUGGUAUGACCCAACAAUCAACCAAUGGCAGCCUGGACCAAAAAUGAUUACAAGAAAUCUGUCUGGGGGUCUAGCCGUAAUAAAUGAUAAUAUUGUUAUACAUUUGGGUGGUAAGAAUUUGGAUCCAACUUUUGAAUCUGGUUGUGGUCUAGAUUUAUCUUCAGAAUCACCUAAUUGGAAACCAACCACUAACAUGUUGGUUAAACGACUAUAUUUAGGAGUUGGGGUUGGUGGCAAGGAUGGCGAAAGUUUUUUAAACAGCGCAGAAGUUUUUGACUGCAGAACUCGAGAAUGGCAUACGAUAUCUAAUAUGUCUACUAAACGAGCUUUUCAUGGCCUUGGAGAACUGAAUAAUCUUUUAUAUGCGGUAUCAAAGUUUGGAUAG